AUGCCUAAAGAAGUCAAAACAAAAAAGGCCGCGAAGGCCGCCAUUCCUAAAUCCCUGGACACAUUCUUUGGAUUUACCAUCUUACCCGUACUUGUGGCCGAGAACACCAGACAUUACAUGUACUUGAAGAAGCAUGAGUCUCGCAAUGCCACUGAAUUGCUUCCUAAUAACCGGUCCCUAUUCGUACUCAAUCUUCCUGUGGAUACAACUGAUGACCAUUUACGCCAAUUAUUCGGUGAUUCCGGCACCAUUAAACGGAUAUUCUAUCACAAUGGUGUAGCAGCAGAUACAGUAUACGACAGCGAUUGCAGCGACGAAGAGGAGUUUGGCGUUGUCGAAGCAUCACCUGAAAAAAAGGAGAAAGAAUCUAAAAAAUCAAAGAAGAGAAAGAACUUAGAAAGAAGAAAAGAAGAAGAAGAAGCACCCAUUGAGCUGCGGAAAGUACUACACACAGGAUCGUCAGCACAUAUUGUGUUUGCCCACACAAAGAUGCUUGAGGCUGCAUUGAACACCGCUCGUGAUCGUGUCUGGACAGCAGGAGAAAAUGUCAACGUACAAUCUCUUGGAUUUGACCGUUAUAUGCUUAGAUUCUCGGUAUCUCGCCCUGACCCUGCUAAGCUUCAACAAAAGGUUGAUUCAUUCAUGAUGAAAUUCAAGGCCAACGAAUAUGAACAAGAACGUUUGGCAUUGGAGCGCAUGAACCAAAUGGAUGACGAUGGUUUUGUGGUGGUUACCCGUAACAAAAAGGUUAAGACUUCAGAUGGCACCACUAGUGUUUCUACUUUCAAGGGUGAAUCAUUUGAUGUCAAUAAGGUGAAGAAGAAGGAGCUCGAGAAUUUCUACCGCUUCCAACUUAGAGAGAAGAAGCAGAAUGAAUUGGUUGAGCUGCGAAAGAAGUUUGAAGAGGACAAGGAGAAGAUUGCUGUUCUCAAGCAAUCGAGAAAAUUCAAGCCUUUCUAAAUUUUGUAAAAAUAAAUAAUAAAUAAAAUAU